UUCACCACGAUUACAUCAGUCGCCUGUUUGAAUCCCGAACCUUGACGUCGUUUUAAAUCGUCAACCCCCCUCAACCAACAUACCCACGCACCCACCCCUCGCAGACGAAUUAGGAACAUCGUUCUGAACGGCAACUUGUGAAAGGAGGACACGGCCAGGAGAAGCGGAGCGCGUGGGUCCGUGGACACGGGAGGAGCCGUGCAGCGCCUGCCGCGGAGACAGAAGAAGGAAGUGGCCAUGACUCCACGAAGUGGAGGACUCCAAGGACGACUCAGUGGGCUGCUGCUGCUGCUGCCGCUGGCGUUUCUCGUAGUGGUGGAGCUGUCUGCCACCAAUGAGUGUGGAGAUGGAUUCUACAAAACUCAACGAGGAGUCUGUUGUGAGCUGUGUCGUGCAGGGUUGUACAAGUUCCAGGACUGCAUAGCUGAUGGACAGGGUGCCAUGUGUGAGCCGUGCCCUCGGGGCAGAUUCAUGGAAAGAGACAACCAGGAGGUGAUGUGCAAGUUGUGCAACAUUUGUGGAGCAGAUAAGGAGGUGACUGUCCCCUGUUCCUUGGCUCAGGACACCGUGUGUGGGUGUAAGGAGGGGCUCGAAACAGACCCCAACGACUCGCAGCGCUGUCUUCCUGAAUCACAGCCGAGUGUUCAAGGGUAUAAAACAGCUGUCAUCGUGUUGGGAUGUACUCUCGCAAUCGCACUGAUCAUCUUCGUGAGAAGAAAAUGGCACAUUGUCAGAAGAAGAGUGAACCGUUUCUGGACUAAAAUGACAAGAAACACAACUGAAACUGAUCCACUUCUUACAAAGUUGGCAUACGACAGCCAGACCGUGACGCUCAUCCUUCAAAACAAAGAUAAUCUCAAGGCCUGGAUCGGAGUGGAACCCUCACAUCUCCUGGAGCAUCUCAAAAACGCCACCAUGAUUCCAGACGAAAUUUACCAAGCAGCAAAUAACACGCAUGGAGAGGAGUGUGUGGAGCUCGUAUUGAGCCACUUCAUUCAGCAAGGAGCAAAGGAGUGUGAGAGACUCUUGAACGCCCUCCAAUCUGUGAGCAACCACUACCAGCAGCUAUCGAAGUGGAUUCAAGAACAUGGUAUGGCAGUGCAGUCCGUUCGUAACAAGGAGAAUGAUCUGACUACGUGGAUCAGAAAGAACCCAAAGCACUUCCUGGAGAAGUUGACGAGGCAAGGACGAAUCACGGCUCAGCUCUCCAUCGAAGCCAAGAGGAUCUGGAACAAAGACAGGCAUGUGAAGCUACUGCUCAACGACUUCAUAAAGAGAGGCAACGAUGGCUGCCUCAAGCUGCUGUUUGCGCUGCAAGACGUGGAAGACCACUAUCCUGAAGUCAAGCAGUGGCUCAGCUCCCUUGAUUUCCUCAAAGAGCGCUCCAACAUAUUUCUCAUGCGUCUGAACCAGUACACCGACCGCGCCCUUCAGAAUCAAGUCUACCACAACAAGGCAGAGCUAAUCGGAGCAUUGGGGAAUGAGGCAGAGCAGCUGAUUACAACACUUGACAACAGAGACAUCUUCAAGGGUAUUUUACAGACGGCCAGAGAAACGGGUACUCUAGUGACCUCCGUCCGCGUGCUGGAGCUUGUUCUGAGCGACGAUCCAUCAAAAGCCAGGCCCUUCUGGGAGCUACUGUGGGACCUCAGGGAUGUGUAUCCUCGACUUGAGAAAAUCUGCAACGGCUUGCACACAACAGUGGAGUCAUAAAGGGACUCAGCCAUUCAGAGUUUGCACUGAGAAUAUUCAUUAAGUGGUCUCGCACUCACAGCCACUUUUUGCUGUUACCGUGAAUGUGUGCUACUUAAGUGUACGUUCCGUAUGCGGUUAAUGUUUCGCAUGUUUAAAGUGUUCAAAAUCGGAGUGUAACAGUUACAUUAAUUAGGCGAGUCCUAAUUUUGAAUUAGAUGUCCACAAACACAAUUAGCCACUUUGGUUUUACCGUUAUGUCACCUUUUAAAUUCACGUACACAGCAUCAAGAUUUUUCCAAGUGACGUUGUAUUCAGGAAGAUGGAAGAACUGUUGUUGUCUAUUCCCAAAAUCACAUUUCCACAAUUGUGACAGUGGCUGAGGAGUGGCUUCAGAACUCUUUGAUUUCAUCUCGCCAUCUCAAAUUUCAGCAACCGCCCACCUGUCAUUACUCAUGCACACUCGGAAAUAUAAAUAUUCCCCCAUAUAGCCUUAACAGACUGUUGUGCUGUUUGGGAGUAGCACCGAUGAAUAGGCAGAUCCACACGCAGUUCAUGUGUGAUGGUGUGUGAGGUACCUGUGGGUAGCGGUGGCGUAGCGGUUAGCGUGCUGGGCUUCGAACUCGGCAAAACCAAGUUCGGUUCCCGCUCACGGCCAACAGGAGUGAUGAUUAUCUGAACAGAUCCUGAGCCUCCCCUAUGUCGAGUCCGUUUCAAAUGAGUACCUGGCGCAGUGUGUAAACAUUGUCACUGGGGAGACAAAGGCGGUCGUGCGUGGUGCUGGCCACCCGCCCCCUCGUGUGCCUUUCAGGCCAUUAAGGUGCUCGCUAACAGCCUUUGCCCCAACAGUCUGUUAAUGCUAUAAACGGGGUUUCUUUGUAUUUGAUGCCCCUGAGAGUGAUCUCGUUUGUGAUUUACAGCACAACUUCAUUAAGCUUUUUAUCUCGAAGUUACAUCCGUGGUUAUUUCAUGUUUAUUUUAUUGAGUUUUCAUUUUGUCGGGGUUUUUUCAAGAGGUGAGAUUCACAUAAAUAAUGUAUUUAACCAGGUUACAGGCCACUGAGAUUCAGAAAAUUGUCUUUUAUCGCUGAUGUCCUUAACAUAUCCAGUUCACAACUAUUGGAGGAUUGAUUAUUUCGUGAGAUGCGGUGGGUUCCUAUUAAUGUUAAUUAUAUUGUGUUUGACAGCCUUUAUUUAAGAUGGUGAGAGGAUAGUAAUUCAUUCGUGUGACUGGCAUCCUUCAACAAUGACCACUGAAAUGUAAAAUGUGUUGCAAUUGCCGUCUAUGCUCCUCGCCUUCAAAGAAGCAGCCAAAUUAACUAUCGUGGUGAAUUAUGGUGAAAUAACCCCCAAUGUGUCAGACCAGAGAACGGCGAGCAGUACAAAGCCAAGGCCAUGUAAAAAAUGUGUCUCUGGUGUAGGCCAAUCAGUUUCGAAAACAAUGCGUAUAUUAUCAGAUAAUGUUUGCAUGUUUUGCCACAAAGUAUGUGUGGUUAAUGCAGACUUGAUUCCUUGCAAAAGGUAUCUAUUUGGUGUUUGAACAUCUUAACACCUCCUAUUCUAUUGCCACAAAGUGUAAAACCAAUUCUUAUUUACCAUAUUUUGAUACUUUAAAAAUAAAUUAUCCCAUAGAUAUAACUGCUCAACCCGCGCUAUAAAUGCUCUGAUAUUUGUUUCGUCUUUCUACUGUUCGCCUUUUUGGUGUUCUCUGGUCUGAAACUGGUGAGGACAAGGCCAUAGAGAAGGCUGUCUCUGGUGUAGGCCAAUCAG